AUGAAUGUUGCAUCGAGCAGGGUUCACUGUGAGGUUCAGAUGAAUGUUGCAUCGAGCAGGGUUCACAGUGAGGUUCAGAUGAAUGUUGCAUCGAGCAGGGUUCACAGAGAGGUUCAGAUGAAUGUUGCAUCGAGCAGGGUUCACAGUGAGCUUCAGAUUAAUGUUGCAUCGAGCAGGGUUCACAGAGAGGUUCAGGUGAAUGUUGCAUCGAGCAGGGUUCACAGAGAGGUUCAGAUGAAUGUUGCAUCGAGCAGGGUUCACAGUGAGGUUCAGAUGAAUGUUGCAUCGAGCAGGGUUCACAGAGAGGUUCAGGUGAAUGUUGCAUCGAGCAGGGUUCACAGAGAGGUUCAGGUGAAUGUUGCAUCGAGCAGGGUUCACAGUGAGCUUCAGAUGAAUGUUGCAUCGAGCAGGGUUCACAGCGAGGUUCAGGUGAAUGUUGCAUCGAGCAGGGUUCACAGAGAGGUUCAGAUGAAUGUUGCAUCGAGCAGGGUUCACAGCGAGGUUCAGAUGAAUGUUGCAUCGAGCAGGGUUCACAGAGAGGUUCAGAUGAAUGUUGCAUCGAGCAGGGUUCACAGAGAGGUUCAGGUGAAUGUUGCAUCGAGCAGGGUUCACAGAGAGGUUCAGGUGAAUGUUGCAUCGAGCAGGGUUCACAGUGAGCUUCAGAUGAAUGUUGCAUCGAGCAGGGUUCACAGCGAGGUUCAGGUGAAUGUUGCAUCGAGCAGGGUUCACAGAGAGGUUCAGAUGAAUGUUGCAUCGAGCAGGGUUCACAGUGAGAAGACGGAGGGUCUGAUCGGGGUGUCGGAGCUGAUCGUGGCCACGGCGUUGCAGGGCAUCGUGUUCAGCGUCCUGGGAGCGCAGCCGCUGCUCGUGAUCGGCUUCUCUGGACCGCUGCUGGUGUUCGAGGAGGCUUUCUUCACCUUCUGUAAAGACAACGGCAUCGAGUACCUGACGAGCCGGGUGUGGAUCGGGUUCUGGCUGGUUCUCCUCGUCCUGCUCACCGUGGCCUUCGAGGGAAGCAUCCUGGUCCGCUUCGUCUCCCGCUUCACUCAGGAGAUCUUCUCCUUCCUCAUCUCCCUCAUCUUCAUCUACGAGACCUUCGCCAAACUCAUCAAGAUCUUCCAGGAGCAUCCUCUCAAAAACUGUUACCAUGGAAACAUCACGGUGUCUCCGUCCCUGUGCAACUUCACCUCGGCCGCCGGGGAUCCUGGGAAAGUUGUUGGAGAGCCGAACACGGCUCUGCUGUCCUUCGUUCUCAUGGUGGGAACGUACUUCAUCGCCUUCUACCUGCGCAAGUUCAAGAACAGCUCCUUCUUCCCCGGGACGCUCCGGAGAAUCAUCGGAGACUUCGGGGUCCCCAUCGCGAUCCUCAUCAUGGUGCUGGUGGACUACAGCGUGGAGGACACCUACACUCAGAAACUGGACGUGCCCAGUGGAUUCUCCGUGUCCAGUCCGGAGAAGCGCGGUUGGCUGAUCUCUCCGAUGGGCUCGGACGGGCAGUUUCCUGUUUGGAUGAUGGCCGCCAGCAUCCUGCCCGCCAUCCUCGUCUUCAUCCUCAUCUUCAUGGAGUCCCAGAUCACAGCGCUGAUCGUCAGUAAGAAGGAGCGGAUGCUGGUGAAGGGCACUGGUUUCCACCUGGACCUGCUGAUCAUCGUGGUGGUGGGGGGGGUCUCGGCUCUGUUCGGUCUGCCCUGGCUGUCUGCAGCCACCGUGCGCUCCGUCACACACACCAACGCCCUCACCGUGAUGAGCAAGGCCGUGGCGCCCGGAGACAAGCCGCGCAUACAGGAAGUGAAGGAGCAGAGGCUGACGGGUUUCCUGGUGGCCGUGCUAGUGGGUCUGUCCAUCGUGAUCGGGGAGGUUCUGCGUCAGAUCCCUCUGGCGGUUCUGUUCGGGAUCUUCCUCUACAUGGGCGUGAUGUCUCUGAACGGGAUCCAGCUCACUGAGCGGCUCAUCCUGCUGUUCAUGCCCCCGAAGUACCACCCUGACCAGAACUACGUCCGCAAG